AUGACCGAAUUGAUACCCAGCACCUUGUGCGUGGCAUGCCAGUCGAUUUUCCAGCCAGGCACGCUCAGAAGUGAAUCAGGAGAAAUCGAACAUCAUGGCCUCGAGGCACUGGCUGCUCGCGCAAGCAAGUGCCAUCUAUGCCUCACUGUGUUCAUGUCCAUCGACCCGGAGGCGUACAGGAGCUUUCGCAGUAAAGGCUCAACCAUCGACACACUGGGGUUCGCAUGGAUUUCCCCAAUCGCACGUGAUCAGGCUCGCUUGAAAUUUCGAUAUUUGAAACGAAUGUCGCCCGACAGGGCCACUCCAAGCACGAAUAGCUCGAAGACUAGCCUAGCUUUACUGGAUUCGGACCCGGGGCUGGUCGUGGAAUUAAUCUUAAUGAACCCGAAAUAUGCCGUUGAGCCAGGCGUAAGGACCAUUGAUGCAAGAUCCACAAGUACGGCGUCGAUGGAAAGCUUCGACCUCGCCAAACAAUGGAUCCAAGAUUGUACUUUUAACCACAUGAAAUGCUCUGUCUCAGAGACCAAUGCAACAUGGAAACCCACGCACCUCCUGGACGUGACGGUUCGAGGGCCAAAGGGAGCCCCUGGCCUUAAACUGGUGGACGGCAUGUUCGUGGACCCUUUGAGCGAAUAUGUGACCCUCAGUCAUUGCUGGGGUAAGUCGAAAACGAUACAACUGCAUAAAGGAACCCUGGCUGCACUUCGACAGGGAGUGGGAGUGUCAAGUUUACCAAAGACAUUCGCAGAGGCUGCAAUCACGACUGAACGAUUGGGGUUUCGAUACCUGUGGAUUGACGCUCUUUGCAUAAUGCAUGACAACGAACAAGCCGUGCUCAAGGAGAUGGCGCAGAUGCACCGCGUGUACUCCGAAGGUACGCUCAAUCUUGCCGCGACUUCGUCCAGAGAAGAUGCAAAUGGCUUGAUCUACUCUCGUAAUGUGGCAGCGCUUCAGCCUUGUAUUGUGGAGGUGAAUGGGCUGGGGAUUGAUGAUGGCAUGUACAAAAUCCUUCGAUCAACCCUUUGGCACGAUCUCGUGGAUUCAUCCCCUCUCAGUAAACGGGCAUGGGCCCUCCAAGAACGCUGUCUGGCCAAAAGAACUCUGCAUUUCACAAGAAACGAGCUGCUAUGGGAAUGUCAACAGAUGUGUUGUUCGGAAGUGUUCCCGAAAGGAUUGCCUGCGACAAUGGGACCGCCUGCCAGUCAAGAAUCCGUUGAGUUUUUCAAUAAACGCAUCCACCACCAAAGACAUGGCAACUGGCAUCAACUCGUCAAGAUGUACAGCUCCAAACGCCUGACGUACAGCUCUGACAAGCUGUUGGCAAUGAUCGGUCUGGCUAAGCAAUAUAUGGCCCGCAACCGCUUAUACCAAGAGGAUUACCUAGCCGGUCUUUGGAAACCUCACCUGCCACAUGCACUGUUGUGGCGCGUGGAGCAAGGUCGCAGACCGACCAAAUAUCGCGCCCCAACGUGGACAUGGGCCUCGAUCGACGGGGAAGUGAAAUACCCGGAGCCAGCGCAAUCGAUGCAAGAGACGUGCAUCGAGAUAAUCGAUCUCCAGAUGAAAUACAAAGGUGAUCACUUUGGGCUGGUGGAGUCCGGCAAGAUGAAGGUGCGAGGAUUUAUGGCACGAGGCCUUCUCCGCCGAACACACGACUACUGGGGUCAGACACCGUGCGUAAUUCAGUGUACCAAGGCCCAGGUCGAGCUCGAAUCGGCUUCCUUCGACGAUCGACUGCCCAAACUGUCCGAAGCAUCGGGAAUGUUGACAGAGAUGCUGGAGAUUUAUUUGCUGCCCGUCAUCGACGUGGUAGAUCGGGUGGAAGGACUGAUCCUCUGCGCAACAAUGAAGAAAGGCGAAUUUCGUCGCAUUGGGGCCUUUGAUAUCUCAAGAUACGAUCAGAUCAAUUGGGACCGCUUCCGAAGCGUGAUGAAGGGGGACGCCGACAUGCAUAAUUAUGAAGACCGGCUUGAUCAUACGAAUGGAUACUGGUUUGCCAGCGACUACACAUACACUAUCAACAUUAUCUAA